AUGCUUAAUGACAAGGGCUUUGAGGCGAUCGGGUAUGCUGAUGAUUUGGCUAUCCUGACUCGAGGACCGUUCCUUGAGACACUUCUCGAGCUCACACAAGGGGCUCUAGAGGUGGUCGAGAAAUGGUGUAGGGAGACGGGACUGUCGGUGAACCCGAAAAAGACCAGUCUCGUAAUCGUCACCCGUAAGUACAAGAUGGACUCCGUGCAGGGGCCUGUUCUGGAGGGAGUCAGGCUGAUACCUGAGGGUUCGGUCAAGUAUUUGGGAGUCAUCCUGGAUAAGAGGCUGAACUGGAAGCUGCACCUGGAAGCUGUGUGCAAGAAAGCCUGCACAUAUUUUUGGAUGUGUAGGAGAACUUUUGGGCAAACCUGGGGCCUGCAGCCAGACAGAGUGUUCUGGGUGUACACUGCGGUGCUCCGGCCAAGAUUGCUCUAUGCAGCGGUGGUCUGGUGGCCGAGGGUACAAGUGGCCGAGGCCCGGACAUCGCCGGAGCGCGUCAGGGCUUUCAUUCUUAGAGGUGCCCUGGGUGCUAUGAGAACAACGCCAGUAGCGGCUAUGGGACUGCUACUUGGCAUUGAACCAUUCCAUCUCUCAAUAGUGGCGGCUGCGGCCGCUACUGCCUACAGGUUGAAGUGCGGGAAUAAAUGGACGGUCGCUGUGACCCACACUCGGUUUCCACGUGAGCUCUUAGCGGGAGCCGUGUUCGAGAUGGGGCAGGAUAGAAUGCCUGUAAGGCAUGACUUCAGCAGAUCUUUUAGGAUCUUCAUUCCAAGUCGCGAGGAGUGGGAGAGGCAUGAGGUGCCCGUCAUCAGGAAUGGGGACGUCUGGUACACGGAUGGCUCCAAGACUGACACGGGCGCCGGUGCUGGGAUCUAUGGAUGCCGAAAAGGAGUCAGGGAGGCUCUCCCACUGGGCGAGCUCACCACUGUCUUCCAAGCGGAGGUGGCGGCAAUCAUGAGAUGUGCUCAGGCACUGAUUGCACCGGGUGGGAAGCGCGAGCGUAUCAGGAUUUGCUCAGACAGCAGGGCGGCCCUGGGGGCGUUGGGCGCAUGUAUCUUUGAUUCUCGGCUGGUCUGGGAGUGCAAGAAUGCGCUGGAUCGGCUGUCAAUCAACAACGACGUUGCCCUGGUUUGGGUCCCGGGUCACUCAGGGAUCAAGGGCAACGAGAUCGCCGAUGAGCUGGCCAGAGCUGGCUCAUCGACCAGGAUGGUAGGACCGGAGCCGGCUCUAGGCGUGCCCAGCUGUGUUGGCAGAGCCGAAAUAAGAGGCUGGCUGCAGGAACGCCACGCGGACUUUUGGAAGAAAACGACAAAAACCAAGUGCCAACAGGCAAGGGCUCUUCUGGGAGAGGUACCCAGAAGGGACCUUGCCAGGAACAUCAGGGCCUUGAGGAGAAGGGAAGCCAGACUGGCGGUGCAGAUCUACACAGGUCAUGGCUUCACCAAUUACCAUAUGCAUAGGCUGGGGCGCUGUGACACCCCGGUAUGCAGGAAGUGCGGAUUUGGCGAAGAGACUAGUCUCCACGUGCUGUGCAAAUGCCCAGCUUACGCUGGGAACAGGCGACUUCUUUUGGGCUCGGAAUUUCUUGAGCCAAAACAGGUUUGGCAACUCCAAGUCAGAGACCUCCUCCGCUUCUGGGGGACGACAGGACCGGAGCCGGCUCUAGGCGUGCCCAGCUGUGUUGGCAGGGCCGAAAUAAGAGGCUGGCUGCAGGAACGCCACGCGGACUUUUGGAAGGAAACGACAAAAACCAAGUGCCGACAGGCAAGGGCUCUUCUGGGAGAGGUACCCAGAAGGGACCUUGCCAGGAACAUCAGGGUCUUGAAGAGAAGGGAAGCCAGACUGGUGGUGCAGAUCUACACGGGUCAUGGCUUCACCAAUUACCAUAUGCAUAGGCUGGGACGCUGUGACACCCCGGUAUGCAGGAAGUGCGGGCGAAGAAAUUAG